GGUCGAAGCAGACUGCUUCAUUCUCAGCUUCUAGUGGAAGAGUGUUGGCGGCGUCAGUCUUCUCCAACACCCCCACCACCACCACCAGCACCACCUUGAUACAGCCUCCACCGCUCUACCAGGAUCCCGCCAACAGCGGGUCGUCGGCGGUGCUGGCUCCUCCGGCCAGGUUCAGUAACCAGGUGUUGCCGUCCUUCGCCAACACCACCGCCACCAACGUCACCGUCAUCAGGGGCAAGACGGCCUACCUUCACUGUCAUGUCCUCAACAUUGGCACCAAAACAGUGUCGUGGGUGCGACACGAGGACAUCCAUGUACUGACGGUGGGUCGCCUCACUUUCACCAACGACGACAGGUUCGUGGCCAUGAACAAACCCGGCUCCGACGUGUGGUCGUUGAGGGUCAAGUUCCCGCAGCUGCGGGACUCUGGCAAGUACGAGUGUCAGGUGUCGACCAGGCCGCCCAGAGCUCGGGUCAUCUCUCUUAAUGUGGUCGAGCCGAGGGCGGUCAUUCCCCCGGGCCCUGAGCUGUAUGUCGACCUGGGAUCACCUCUCAACAUUACGUGUGUGGUGCCUGACAGCCCUGAGCCACCAGAGCAUGUGUUCUGGUACCACCGUGAUAAGAUGGUGUCAUUUGACGGGUCCCGUCAGGGCGUGACCAUCACCACGGACAGAGGCUCCGUCACCACCAGCAUCCUUCUCAUCCCUGACGCAAGAGCCCAGGACUCUGGAGUGUACAUCUGUGCUCCUCAGGGCAUGAAGGAGGCGUCUAUCAGAGUCAGUGUGCUAAAUGGAGAGCUACCUCAGGCAAUGCAGACGGGGUCGACCUGUCGGGGCUGCGUCGGUUCCUAUCUGCUGCUGCUGUUGGCAGCUGUGUACCAUCUCCUGCUGUGAUGCUCAUCUGCUGCCGCUGCCCUGCUGCCUAUCACCACCCACUGCCUUCAUCCUCAGAGCAGGGGCAAACGACAGGCCAGAGGGGCAGAAGCCGACGACAGGUCUGGGGGCAGGUGUCCACGACAGGUGUGGGAGCAGGUGUCCACGACAGGUGUGGGGGCAGGAGCCGACGACAGGUGUGGGGGCAGGUGUCCACGACAGGUGUGGGAGCAUGCCAGCCCCUUAGGGGAAGUCAUCUCAGAAGACGACAGCAGGGAACCAUACGGAGAAGUGCGUCCCUCUUUACGUCACUCUUCUCAAGUAGAUGAUGACAAAGUGUGAACUUUUCAUGUCUGAGCUCAAUUACCGGUCUCCCGGCCACCCGUGUCUAGCCGCACACCGAGUAUGUUAGUGUUCUAGAACGGGUUACUGAAAAUAAUCAGUUCCAAAAUAUCAAAUGCUUUUCAAUCGGAAUGUAUAUUUACAGUACACUGGUGGUGGUGUACCUUUGCUACGGUACACUGGUGGUGGUGUACCUUUGCUUCGGUACACUGGUGGUGGUGUACCUAUGCUACGGUACAUUGGUGGUGGU